CCCCACUCCUGCCUCUCCAAAAAACGCAUCGUUCUUCAAACAAAAGUCUAAAAUGAAAAUGCUUGAGAUGUGAAGACGUCACUGCAGCAACUUUCAUAAAAGACAAUACCAGUCUUUUUAAAAAAUGGGCCAGUGCUGGCCCCGAAGCGGGCGGCCGGUCGGCCCCGUAGAUAAUACGAUAGAGCAGGAAGCAGCUGUAAUAAAGACUCUCAGCACGACUGAGGAAGAGCAGAAGAUAGCUGCAGCACAGAGCAAGGGAAAGAGAGGAGGGGUAUGAUUUACUUUACAUCGAAAAAAUGGGAAUUGUUUUCUUCGACAAGUUGUUGUACAGGGUAGGUAGUAAUAAUAGAUGUGCAUCAGCUAACAGCUUCUUUACUACAUUUCUUGGAGUUGACCUUCUACGUCGUACUCGUAAUCAACGAUAAUUGACCCUGAAACGAGCACCUAUCUGGAAACUAACAACAAAAAACUUCAUACCUCUUCCGAAGUUGUACAGGUUUCCGCCGCCCAUCUUUCCUCGGACCAGAUUCACAAUUUCAAGCGCCCUAUCUACCCCAAGACCCCAGAGGAGGCAGCCCAACUCAGACAAAUUAUUCAGGACAAUGAGAAGUUGCAGGUCCUAUUUGGCCAUCUAGAUGAACAGGCCAGAGAUCAUGCGGUUGAUGCGAUGAGGAAAGUGCAAGUAGCCUGUGGAGAGUCGAUUAUUCAACAAGGGGAUCGAGGAGACGCGUUUUAUAUCGUGGAAACUGGCAGUUUCGGAAUUUUUGUGGCACGUGGAGCAGCAGCGUCAGCGAUGAAAGUGAUGGAUGCAGGUACUAUAAUUAGAAGCUAUCAGAAGCUCUUCUUCUAGAUGAUGCAAAUAAUCAUUCAACGAGCACCAUCAUUCAACAAUUUCAGCUAGCUGUCUUCUCCUCAACAUCAGGUCCCGGCGCUUGUUUCGGAGAACUCGCUCUGAUGUAUGACGCUCCACGAGCUGCUACUGUAACCUGCACUAGUGACGACGCUACAGUUUGGGCACUCGAUAGAGACCCCUUCCGCAUCCUUCUGGUCUCUGCUCAGAGUGCCAGAGUCGAACUCUAUGAGGGUUUUCUUAGCGAUGUGGAACUCUUCAAAGAUUUGAACCGGUACGAAUUGGGGAUGCUCUCAGACCUAUUAUUAAGGCUACCGCUAAAGCAUCCUUAACGUCAUCCUUGGCCUCUUUUUCAACGGGUGAGAGGGCUCAGGGAUGGGCUCAGGAAUGCAGCGCUGUAGCGCUAAUGUUAGCGUCCGAAUUGUACGAAGCAGGCGAGCCGAUAGUGCGACAGGGAGAGCAGGGCACUACGAUGUACAUCCUGGAGGAUGGCGAAUGCAAAGCUUAUAUUGUUAUGGAAGAGAUUGAAGAUACUUUUACUUUUAGUUGUUACAACUCGUGUUGUACUCACAGAAUUGCUAUUGCUCUAUGAUCGACAUUAUAAUUAUCGAGGAGACGAGGUUCCAACUAUGCAAGAACUCGCCGCUUUGAAAUUUAGUUCCACAUCAACAACCACUUCGUCUAAAGUGCACGGCUCAAACGGCGAGAUAGAAGUGAAGCACUACGUGAAACAAGGCGAUUACUUUGGGGAAAUCGCAUUGAUCAAGGAAUGCGCAAGACGCGCUACUGUGAGAGCAAGUGGAACCGGGUGUAGCGUCUUGGUCCUGAAGAAGCAGGACUUCGAUAGAGUGAUAGGCCCAAUCGUGGACACACUUGUGGGACUGUUAGAUACAUAUCCACAGUAUAGGGCGUUCUUUGAUGAAGGGUAGAAGAUCUUGAUGUAGUACGUAGGUGUGAUGUAGUACGUGACAACCCGAUGUGAUGUAGUACGUAGGUGUGUUUGAAACUGAAUCCAAUCGAUUACCUUGGUUGCAGUGCGACACCAGGGGGCUCUAGUACUACUUAGGUUUUGAUGUUUCCAUCAAGAAUGACGACAUUUGCAUUAGUUUGAGUUCUAUCUUAGCGAGUUCUUCUUAGUAUGGAACGAGUGCAAGUGCUUUUUCUAGUAGAAACAGUAAGACUAACAACGAACACUGUGCACCUUUCCAUCAGACCGUGCUGCGGUAUCUGAUAUUAUUCAUGUGAUUCUUUCUGCAAACCACAAGUGCAGUAUCCGCUGAUUUCUACUCACUCUUGCUUUUUAGUGACACGACCCAAAACAUGCAUCAUCACCGCCUCAAUAUGCAUCAUUCGCAG